UUUAGUUUCGAUCAGAGCUUACUGGAAGAUGGUUGCUGGCGUUCGAGUGAUUUUCCUUAUUUUUGGGGUAUUGCCAGCGUUCUUAUCGCCCACUCAGGGCCAGGACCUGCCGCAGGAGUGUGGCAAGCUGCGCGAGACCCAGCUCCACAACGAAAUGGAGAUCACCGCAGCGGACGAGUACACCUGGAUUGGCCGUGUGGGCUACAGUCAAGCGGAUAAUCCAAAACCUUCAUUUCUAUGUUUGGCAGUGCUGAUCCACCAACGUUACGCGAUCCUGCCUGCGCACUGUGUUAAGGCCGGUCACUACACAAUCGAGUUCAUCCUUUUCGGGGACUGGCGCGCCAACGAGAACCUUAAGGCUGGUGACUGUCGUCUGGAAAGGGGCUUCACCUCGUGCUCUCCGCCUCCGCAGGCGGUGGACAUUGAGGAGAUUGCGAUGCACCCGUUAUAUGACGACGCCAAACACGACUACGACAUUGCAGUGGCCAAGAUGGUGCGGAGCGUCCAACUCUCGGAAUUCGUGCAACCACUGUGCCUGCCGCCCGCCCGCGAGAUCGAGGGCAAUCAUAUAUCCCGGCGGCUAGAGAUGGCUGGAUUUUCCAGAUGGAAUCAUUCAGUUGAGGAACAGAUGGACGACUUUGAGUGGCGGCGGAAAGUGACAAGGCACACGAGCAGUCUGGAGUUCUGCACUGCGGCGGUGGAUUUUAGUAGGGUUGCCUUUACCCAAAACCACUUGUGUGGCGUUCAGCCUGGAACGAACGAGCUGAUGUCCGGGGCACCACUUAUGGACGUCGAGGUGGUAGACGGAAAGCCACGGAACUUCUACCUCGUUGGAUUGAACACGUUUGGGAAAAAGUCUACUAUUUCAUCGCCGUUCACCGUAAACGGUUUCAUUCGCAUCUUGCCUUUUAGAAACUGGAUUCUAAAAAAUAUCGAGUAGACUAACAUAAGCCAUUUAAUUUACCGAUGCUGGAAAGCAAAAUCCAAACAAAUUGGAACCUUAAACUUAGGAAUCUUUAAAUAGUGACAAUAAAAAACUUUAUUAAAACUGAAA